AUGCAAGCUGUAGAUAUGAGCAGGAACUCGCUGCAAACUGAACUUCAGCAGUUUCUCCUGCGUACUGUGGGUACUGAGCUUGCCAAUGCAGCUCUAACCUGUGCGUCGGGCACAGAAAAUGCUGCCCAAUUGAAAGAAAAGCAACGUGAAGAAACCAUCGCUUCUUUGCCUUUGGGGCUUCGCGACGCAAUAAGCUCGUUGUUCACCUCACUCAAAGGAGAUAACCUCGAAGCCUUCCAUUCUGCCGUGUUCGACCUCUCAUCACCUCGUGCUUUAUCGCUUGCCCUGAGGCAGCCUGAUUCGAAGUCUAGGACAGAGAUACAACAGAAUUACACUGCCGAGCUCAAGGAGCAAGUUCUGUCACAAUCUGAACCAGCUGCUGCGCUGCUGUCAUGUGUUUUGUACCUUCUAGCGAAAAAUGGAAAACCGGUAACCGCCAGCGGACGUUUUGUUGCACAGCUGGUGCCGCAGUUGGAUGGAGUUGUAGAACAGGUAGAGUCUUCUCUUUCGCUAGUUGUCAAAGUGAUGAUCCUUUAGCA